CAGGAUUUACAGUACGACGGACAAAAACCCAAAUCUGAAAUAAGAUGAAGAAGAAGCAUCCGGUGUCUCCUCCGCUCUGUUGAUUCUGUCGAUAGCCAGUCGCGUAAAACAUUAGCCACCAACAGAGUUACGGCUGGGGCACGUCUGGCAACAGUGAACACCGAGACUGACUGUUUUUGCGGUUGCGGGGAAUACAGACGGUUAACAUACCCAACGCUGUCGAUUCAUUCACGGGUGUAAUCUGUCUCCGGGACAAUACGUUUGGAACAUGUAAACAGGCUUAAAGUAUGGCAUGCAAACAUGGUUUCUGCCAAGAAGGAGAUGGUGAUUGCAAUGUCCCCGAGUUGCAUUUCCACUCUUGUCUACUUUAUCUGCGUCGCCGCUUGUGUAAGGAGAAUAUCUGCACAGAUAAAAAAGGAAGAAAAAACAUAUCCUGAAAAUUUCACGCGAAUUCUAGAUCGGCUUCUGGAUGGAUAUGACAACAGACUGCGACCCGGAUUUGGAAGCUCAGUGACAGAAGUUAAAACCGAUAUUUACGUGACAAGCUUUGGCCCAGUUUCAGAUGUUGAAAUGGAGUACACCAUGGACGUGUUCUUCCGCCAGACGUGGGUGGACCGCCGGCUUCGUUACGAGGGGCCCAUCGAGAUCCUGCGGCUCAACAACCUGAUGGUCACCAAGGUGUGGACCCCCGACACCUUCUUCAGGAACGGGAAGAAGUCUGUGGCCCACAACAUGACCGCGCCCAACAAGCUCUUCCGCAUCAUGAAGAACGGCACCAUCCUUUACACCAUGAGGCUGACCAUCAGUGCUGAGUGUCCAAUGAGGCUGGUGGACUUCCCCAUGGACGGGCAUGCCUGCCCCCUGAAGUUCGGAAGCUAUGCAUACCCAAAAACAGAGGUGAUCUACACCUGGACCAAAGGACCACAGAGAUCCGUGGAGGUGCCGUCGGAGUCCUCCAGCCUGGUCCAGUACGACCUGGUGGGACAGACCGUCUCCAGCGAAACCGUCAAGUCCAUAACAGGCGAGUACGUGGUCAUGACGGUGUUCUUCCACCUGCGACGGAAGAUGGGCUACUUCAUGAUCCAGACCUACAUCCCCUGCAUCAUGACCGUCAUCCUCUCCCAGGUGUCCUUCUGGAUAAACAAAGAGUCCGUCCCUGCCAGGACUGUCUUCGGGAUCACCACGGUGUUGACCAUGACCACUCUGAGCAUCAGUGCCCGUCACUCUCUCCCGAAGGUGUCCUACGCCACCGCCAUGGACUGGUUCAUCGCCGUCUGCUUCGCCUUCGUCUUCUCAGCACUCAUCGAGUUCGCCGCUGUAAACUACUUCACCAACGCGCAAGCUGAGCGCGCUCGGAGGAAGCAGGUCAAAGGUCCCCAGGCCCCCAAGGCCACUCCGGUGAAGCAGGUCAACGACGCCGAAGAGCUUCAACAGAACACAGACCCUAAUGGCAGCCUGCGUAAGCGUGUGACAGACUCCAGCAUCACUCAGAGAACUGACCUGUUGCACGGCAACAAGGCCACACAGCCUCGGCAGACCCUGGUGGGCCACGCCCCCUCCGUAACCAUGGCGGCGGCCGCUGUGGAGGCGGCGAUAAUGUCAUCCUCCGCCCCACCCCACUCCAGCCCAAACCCCUUCAGCCGAGCCCUCGAGACCACACCCCCUGCCCCGCCCCCCUCUCCACUGUUACCAGGGCAACUACUGUCACACCUGCAGCCUGGCCACUCCCCCUCCCUCCGGCCGAAACUAGAGCUUGUACAAGUGGGUGGGGCCAAAUCCGACCAGGCCACGGCCACGCCCCCGGCCUCCUCUGGCUCAAAUGGAACCAGCAAAAUUGACAAAUAUGCUCGGAUUCUUUUCCCAGUGUCCUUUGGGGUUUUUAACAUGGUCUACUGGGUAGUGUAUCUGUCCAAGGACACUAUGGAGCCUGGAGAGGGGUAACUCUCACUCCACUUUUUUAAAGAAACCAAACAACACAAAAUGGCGGCUGUCAAAGCAGUCUCCAGCACUCAAAUUUCGGAGAUAUUACACAAGUCCUAUUACUGGACCAGAGAAAUACACACACACACACACACACACACAGUUUAUGAACAAAUACAUGAAACUGUUAUUACCUCAGUGACAACAUUUGGAAACGACUCCUUCAAGAUACAACAAUCCCUGGAAAACAAGAAUAUAAUGGAAAUCAGAAAAACUGUUACAUUACAGAUGUAUGUAAUUGUAAUUAAUUACAGUGACCUCUGUGUUUUAAUGGGUGUAAGUUAAAAAUUGCCAUUUGUAUUCCAGCAAUAUUGUUGUUUGAAGGAAGGGUUUCAAUGUGGAAAAACUAUCAAAACUUGUGGACUCUCAACUUGACUUGACAGAUAUGUCUGUUUUAUCUAUGAUUUUGUAGAAUAAAUAUAUAAUAUCUCCAUAAGUGGAACAUAAUGGGAAUAAAUAUGGCUUCGGUGUACAAGUC